GCCCCCCACCCUCUGCCCCGCCCACACCCCCAAGGUCACGCGGUACCCGGCGGUGGCGAUGGCGUUCGGCGCCUACCUCAAGCACCUGUGGAACAAGGAGCCAGUGAUUAUGGCGUCCUUGGGAAUCGGCAUGACCGCGCUGAUUCUGCCGUUCGUGAGCCCCCUCACCAAGUUCUCGAGAAAGUUGAGCCUGGCCAGUCCGUACUACUAUCCGGUGCCUGUGCGGGAUGAUGGCAACAUGCCCGAUGUGCCGCAACACCCAUGCGAGAAAAAGGGCAACAGCCUUGAAUGGCUCAAGAACUUCUGAGCAACGACCGCCAACACAACACGGCGCUCAAGGAAUCUGGUGGCUUCUGAACGCCGGCGCACGUUCGCUCGCUCCACCACCACCAACAGUAGGAAAGGAAGUUAUUUCGUCCCACCACCUCCAGUCGCGUAUUUCCUUGUAUAAUUUUAAAUUAAAAUUUUGCCGUCGCUGCGCGUACGGAAUGUCACGCGGAUCAAUGCAAGUUACGCGCGUAAAUGGCUCGGCAAAUAAAGAGUAACUUGAAGUUACCGUUAAA